AUGGCCGAGCCGGAGGCCGUGGCGGACGACCUGGACGCCCUCAUCGACGACCUGGACUACCUCCCGGGCCACUUGAUGGAGAUGCAGCUGAACUUCGAGCCCCGCUCGCCCGCCUCGCUGCGCGCCCGGGACCUGAAGCUGCAGGGGGAGGGCCUGCGGCAGGAGCUCGAGCUGGCGGCCGCCCCGCAGCGCCCCGCCGUGCGUCACCUCUUGGGCGCCUUCGCCUUCUACCUGGAGGAGCUGGACGAGGCCCGCGAGCGCUUCCUCGAGGUGGCCCGCGAGGACCCGGGCAACCUCAACGCCUGGGCCAAUCUGGCGCACGUGUACGGAAGGCUGGGCCAGGAGGAGGAAGAGGAGGCAUGCGCCGCGCGGCUGGCCGUCCUCAUGGGCCUGGCGGCGGACCCCGAGGCCGCCGGGGACCCCCAGCUCCGCGCGGCUCGCUGCCUGGCAGAGCAGGGCUAUGCGCACGGCUUCGACGUUGGCUGCGCCAGCCCGGAGGAGCGCGCGCGGGUGCUGGAGGCGGGCAUCGCACUCUACGACAAGGCGCUGGGCUACGGGCAGCAGGGGGUGGACCCGCUUCCUAACCGGCUGCCUGCCUACUGUCUCUUGCGGCAGUACUGCAAACCCAACCUGGCAACUCACCCCUCUUACCUUGCUCCUCCCAGCAAGUACCUGUCCUGUGCCUGUGCACACCCGCCUAAAAGGCACAACCAGACAUCCCGCUAG